AUGCAGGUUUCAAUUGAGUCAUUUUGUAUGGAUACCAAAAAAGUGAGUCAUAUUGUACAAGAGGAAACUUCCUUUGCCCUUCUUUCCCUCCCAAUAAAUUAUCAUCCCAACAAAUCAUGCAAAGGUGAAAGAUAAACAUAUUUUUAUUUCUGACCUUUCGUUUAAGCGAAAUGAGCACCAGUCCAGGGAUAUAUUUUGAUCUUGGCAAGAAGGCUAAAGAUGUUCUGCACAAGGACUAUUCAAAUCUAUCACCAAUUCACUUUCAUUACCAGUUUAUGGACUACAACGUCGACCUCUCUUGUCAAUUAAAUGAAAUUCUACCUGGAUUCAGGAGCCUUUUCAAAUGCACCAUACCUGAUUCAGGGAAGGUAGAACUACAACACUUGACUAACUACACUGGAAUUACUGGAUGCAUUGGACUCGAAGGAAACUUAGAAAGAGGAUAUGAUCCUGUUCUGAACUUAUCGGGUCUUGUGGGAACAAACAUCUUGUCACUUGGAGCCAAUGUUGCUUUAGACAUACCAACAAGAACAUUCAGUAAUCUGAAUGCUGGAUUAAGCCUCAACACUCCCUUCCUUGUUGCUUCCUUGACCACGCAUGACAGUUUCGACAUUCUGAAAGCCUCCUGUUAUCAUGAAGUGAACCCCCUAAGCAAAACCGCCAUUGCAGCAGAGCUGAAGCAUAGCUUGUCAAUGGGGGAGACUAGUGCCACCAUUGGUGCUCAGCAUGCAGUUCUUCCGGAAACAUUAGUAAAGGCUCGAUUUGACACCUUUGGCAAGGCAGGUGCUGUUAUUCAACAAGGGUUCUGGGAGAGGUUUUAUGUGUCUAUGGCUGGAGAAGUGGAUUUUAAGACCACAGAUAAUAAUUUACAUCCCAAGGUUGGAGUAUCUGUGGCUUUAAAACCCUAGUCAGUGCCACUGAGAUAAACUUUCAUAUCCAAUUCAGAGGUUGUUGGUUGUAAGGAGACUUCUAAAUGAUGGCACAAAACGGAUGAAACUCAUCGAUUUUCGCCAUCCAUUUUCUUCAAUAUUCAACAACAGUAUGAGUACCAAUGUGCCAUGUCUAGUUCUACUACUCAUACACAAUUUUUAUAAAUAAAAUUAUUAUAGUACUAGUGAUA